AUGCUUUUAGGAACCACCACUUCUUCCUUCCCAAACGUCCCACAUGGGGUGGAGGCAUACUCUAUGCCAGACGAUGUCGUUUCCUCCUCUCUUGAAGGAAACUCCGCCGCAGAAUCUCACCCAACCAGCUCUCUCCUCUACAGCUUCUCAAUUCUCAAGGACAAGGUUCACCAGGUGCAGUCCCUCGUCAGCAUCCUCAUCUCCCCCGACUGUGACUCAACGACACCGCUAGCCGUCGCUAGCAUGAACACCGCCAUCCAAGAUAUCAUCAUGACAGCCUCCUCCAUGAUGUUCACCUGCCAACAAAUAGCUCUCGGCUCGUCUUCGGGGAGCGCCAGCAACGACGAAAUGGCGCCGCACCAGCACCGACAAUCCCGCUUUCCUCCGCCCAACUCCGGCAGCAAUCGGCCAGUGCAAGGCUUCUACUCCACCAACACGCUUGACUGGUACAGCGAAACCUACAACAACAGCAAUUGCAGCAACAAGGAUGAAAAUCGAAGUGUUGUUAAUAGGGUGGAAGGGAGAGAAGAAUUAGAAGGGCUUUCCCCGAAGAACUACGACAUCAUUGAAUUGGACGCAGCGGAUUUGUUGGCAAAGUACACCCAUUACUGCAAAGUUUGUGGGAAAGGAUUCAAGAGAGACGCUAAUUUGAGAAUGCACAUGAGAGCUCACGGAGAUGAAUACAAGACAAGCGCUGCUCUGAGCAACCCCAUGAAGAAUAACAAUGGAAGCCCAUCUAACAAAGACAGUAAUUUGAUGAAAUUUCCGAGGAAAUAUUCGUGCCCGCAAGAAGGGUGUCGGUGGAAUCAAAAGCAUGCCAAGUUCCAGCCUCUGAAGUCCAUGAUUUGCGUGAAGAAUCACUACAAGAGGAGCCAUUGCCCGAAGAUGUAUGUUUGCAAGCGAUGCAACCAGAAGCAGUUUUCUGUUCUGUCGGAUUUAAGGACGCAUGAGAAGCACUGUGGGGAUCAGAAGUGGCAAUGUUUGUGCGGUACCACAUUUUCUAGGAAAGACAAACUCAUGGGGCAUGUUACUUUGUUCGUCGGCCACUCCCCGGCAAGUAAGUCUUUGUCAAAACUAGUAAAAGAAGACCGCCAUCAAGCACUACUCCAAAUGCAAUAA